GCAGCGGACCCCGCUGCAGCCGCCGCCCUAUGGCGAGGCUACGGGAUUGCCUGCCCCGCCUGAUGGUCACGAUCCGGUCCCUACUCUUCUGGUCCUUGAUCUACUGCUACUGCGGACUCUGCGUCUCCAUCAACCUGCUCAAACUUUUAUGGAGCAUCGGCAUGGGACCAGUGCAGACCUUCCAGCGGGUCGCCAGGGAACACCCACCCGCGUGCUUGAACGACCCUUCCUUGGGCACCCACUGCUACGUGAGGAUCAAGGAUUCAGGAUUAAGAUUUCAUUAUGUUGCUGCUGGAGAAAGAGGCAAACCACUUAUGCUGCUGCUUCAUGGAUUCCCAGAAUUCUGGUAUUCUUGGCGUCACCAAUUGAGGGAAUUUAAAAGUGAAUAUCGAGUUGUAGCACUGGAUUUGAGAGGUUAUGGAGAAACAGAUGCUCCCAUUCAUCAAGAGAGUUAUAAAUUGGACUGUCUCAUUACAGAUAUAAAGGAUAUUUUAGAUUCUUUAGGGUAUAACAAAUGUGUUCUUAUUGGCCAUGACUGGGGGGGCAUGAUUGCUUGGCUAAUUGCCAUCUGUUAUCCUGAAAUGGUGAUGAAACUUAUUGUUAUUAAUUUUCCUCAUCCAAAUGUAUUUACAGAAUAUAUUUUACGACACCCUGCCCAGCUAUUCAAAUCCAGCUAUUACUACUUCUUCCAAAUACCAUGGUUCCCAGAAUUUAUGUUCUCAAUAAAUGAUUUCAAGGCUUUGAAACAUCUCUUUACCAGUCACAGCACUGGCAUUGGAAGAAAAGGAUGUCGACUGACAACAGAGGAUCUUGAAGCUUAUAUUUAUGUUUUCUCUCAGCCUGGAGCAUUAAGUGGUCCAAUUAACCAUUACAGAAAUAUCUUCAGCUGCUUGCCUCUCAAACAUCACAUGGUGACCACUCCAACACUACUACUAUGGGGAGAGAGAGAUGCAUUUAUGGAGGUUGAGAUGGCUGAAGUCACAAAGAUUUAUGUUAAAAACUAUUUCAGGCUGACUAUUUUGUCAGAAGCCAGUCAUUGGCUUCAACAAGACCAACCUGAUAUAGUGAACAAGUUGAUAUGGACAUUUCUAAAAGAAGAAACAAGAAAAAAAGAUUGAAUUUUCUAUAUCUUCUAUGAAGGAUCAGCAAUGGAAUCUCUAAGUUUAAUAUCUAAAAGUUGUUCAUUAACUUCUUUAAGCUUUAUUAGGGAAAAACUGUCUUAAUAUGCUGUCGUAAAUAAUUAUACUGACAAAAUGGUAUUGAAAAAAAAAAUCUGAGUUUGUGAACAUGUAAUAUAAUGUUGAUUUUCUUCAGUUGUAUUUUGCACACAAAAGCAUCUGCCUUAAAAUGUAUACACUUGUACAAAAA